GAACGAGAGAGAAUACGGGAUUUUGUUUGACAACAGUAGCGGGUAAAUGUCAAAACUGAAACUGAUUUAUAAAAUCCAUAUUUCAUAAGUUGUACUAUGGGAACAUGUAGUAAAUCAGACUGAUAUAAUUCCGUUUGACGAUCAGUGGUCACCAUGUUUGCCAGUGAGUGGCAAUCGCGUCAAACAAGUUGGCAUCUCAACCCCUGGAUAGAUGGCUACAGGCAGUGCUAUAGGAGGCAGCAGUGGUCAGCCACUAGUGCAGAUAGCUGUGGCUGGCCUGAUGGAUACAACACCUGAAGAUCAUUUGGAUUCCAGUUCCGAUCAUGAAGACAAAUAUGAACCUCAAAUUAAGCAACGUAAAGUGGAUGUUGAUUUUGACAUAAACACGGAUGCUUCUGUGAAGCAAAUUCUGUUCAACAUCAACAAGGCCAUAUGUUUCCGCCUCGACAGUAUCGAGUCCUGUCUAAAUACUCUCACAAAUCGUACUCGAGCCAUUGAGGACAAAGUGGAACAAGUUUAUGCCUUAUGUAAGCAGAAUUCUUCAGGCAACCAUGCUUCAAUCAAAAAGGGGGCGUUUGUAGUAGGACUCCCUCAACAGAAUGGAAAAGGUAGUGGAGAUGGCUCAGAUGGUGACAGUAGUACUCCACUCAAUUCCAUAGACACGAUAGCUGGACUGGGUCCAAAUGUCACCCUUAUCACCCUCAAUAGUGAAGAGGACUAUCCAUAUGGAUCGUGGCUGGGUGAUGAACACAAUAUAGAGACGAGAGUUCGAAGUCCUGUCACUCCCAGUGAUCUGUUACAUAUCCACUCCAACUGUCGCACUCCAGAGAAGAUGGCACUCACUCUACUGGACUACCUGUUUGACCGGGAAACCCAGGCCAUAUCCAACCUGUCGGGCCAGGGAAAACAUGGAAAGAAACAGCUGGACCCUCUUAUGAUAUAUGGAAUUAGAUGUCACUUGAUAGCAAAGUUCAACAUCUCAGAGGAUGACUGGCACAGGAUCAAGCAGAACAUAGACUCCAAAUGUAGGACUGCGUUCCGCCGGCGACAGCGGGGCAUGCCACUGACAGUGAAGGCGUUCAGGGGGAAGUCCUUCUCAUACAACAACUCCCUCAUGGGUGGGGAGAUGAUGACAUCAGACGAGGAUUCCAUGAACCAUGACGACUCAAUGCAUAUACAACAUUGUGUCUCUGUGUUCCAGAACCAGGACGUAUAUCUACAGAAUGAUCUUGACGGCCAGGUGCUACAUGGGGAGGGUCUUCACGGGGAGGUGCAGAUACUGCACGCCACGCCGGAGCAGAUCUCUCAGCUACAGCACGCACAGCACAUACAGAUCCUGCAGGGCGACCAGGUCAUACAGGUCCCUGUACCCCACAACAUCCAGUCCCUGUCAGCGGCUGAUCUCCCAGAAGGCCUACAGGUGGCAGUGUCUGCUGUGUCCCUGCCUGGCAUGCUGGCAGACUCGAUAUCCCACCGCGAGUCGGGAAGCGGCGACCAACCGGACUCCUGAUGGUGCGUCCUGCCUAGAUCACAGUUCCUCUAGCGAUGUGAUGUUAGGCUUCGGCUGUGAUAAAGCUUUUAAAGGUCAAGUAGCAGUUCUAUGGUCAUCGUUGUGAAGUGGAUAUUUCGUCCGUGAGGACACAGGUUUGAUGGCAUAGGGUGAUGUAGAGCUCCCUGAAAGACAACAAGUGCUGGUUCUACCUAAGGAACAGACUCAAGACUGUUUCAAGUAGCCUUAGGCUCAAUGCAAUCGAGCUUACAUAAAUAGGUCUAAAUUAAAUUAAGUAGCAGACAGUUUGGCCAGUGUUCUUUCAAUACUUCUAAUGAAAAUGAAAUAUGAGGGUGUUUGUUUUAUUUUCAAUUUUUUUUAUUUCCUUCUAUGCCAUAUCAUAUUUGUGUUACUUGUAUGUGCAGCUUACCUUUUUAAAAAGACCACAGCACAGACUACAAAUCUAAGGGUAAAAUGGCAAGUGAAUAAGUGUAGCAACAUGCAAUCAUCCAUUUUUCCGACAUAAGUUUUUUUUCAUACAAAAGCGGAAUGUGGGGCCAUCUUUUCCUAAUGUCACAUUAAACAGAUUGCAGUAUGACUUUUUAUUCUAUAAUUGUACAAAGUAGAUUGUGAAAUGGAGAUUGUAUUCAGUAUUCGUUCGGUCAAAAAUCUUGCUACACUGUGAAAUAAGCAAACUGUAGGUGCUCUGCUUGUCUUAACUAUGUAAAAAUAACAAUCACCAGUACUUGAGAGUAGAUUUACUUUUUGGAUAAAUGUGUCAUUAAAGCAAGGAUUAAUUUAUUGAUUAUCAUUUUUGUUAAGAGAUAUUUUAUUGUUGUUGUCUUUUCUUCAUAGACUAGUACUGUUAUACAGUGCUUGUAUUUCAUAUUCAUUUCAUGUAUCAAAGCUGAACAUAUGUGUUUGUCCUUUGGUUUAAAGUCAACUGUUGAGAUUAUCAUAGAGAUAGAUGUUAUUCAUAAGAACUUACAUUCACCUAUAUCAUCAUUUCAUUCAUUAGGUGCAAUAACAUACAAACAUUCAGAUAUGACUAAACAAUCAUGUUAUGUGUUCUGCUAUACACAUAUACAAAGUAAAUAAAGUUUAUUAUUACACUGAUAGGUUUACAGAUGUUUAUUAUAUGUUGAACACGAACACAGAUAUUAAUUCACUUGUGGUAACAAAUUGUGUGUUAUUUUUUCUUGUUUUCUUUACCCAUUCAAUUAAUAUGGACAGAUCUUUAAUUAGGACAUUCACUGUAACACAAGAUUAACCAUUAAGAUUACUCGUCUUUGUAUACCAGCUACUCUCUGAGAAAAAUGGGCUUAAUGCAUACAGUGCUGGAACCAAAUUUUGAAGGCCUUUGCAAACAGUUUGGAUCCAGAUGAGACGCCACAGAACGUGGCGUCUCAUCUGGAUCCAAACUGUUUGCUAUUCUGAUAGUAUUCUUUGGAAAAAAUCGAAGAAAAUGCUAAUUUUAGAAAUUCAGCAGACGACAUUUUAGCAGAUGACAAAUUACCCAGCAUGCAAAAGGCUUCAUGCAUAUGGGUAAAAUAUAGUGCCAGGUUAGCCUGUGCAGUCAGCAACGACUAAUCAGAGUGUCUCUUUUUGCUUUGAUAGAAUAUUUGGUUUAAAGAAAGUCACUUCUUAGCAAAAGUCGAGUGCAGACAGAAGUAUUGUCCCAGAUAAGCCUGUGCAGAUUGCACAGACUUAUUUGGGACAAAGCAGACACGCAUGCGGCCUGGUUGUACAAGAAACCGGCUCAUAUGUUUGAUCUUGUAGCGGUGAAACUCUUCUCUUGUUUGAAUUUGCAAAAAAAAUGCUAAGCACGACUUGUGUGUCUUGUUAUUGUAAAAAUAUAACAUUACUAUUGAUAAAAAUGUGUAUGUGCUAUCAAAUUAUUGAUUCUUGAAGUAUUGUAGUAUAUGUUAGUUUGUUGUUGUGUGAAUAACUUAUAAAAGUUGUUGUUUAAAAAGUGUUAUAUUUAUGUCCAAAAUUAAAUGUUAUACUUUAUAUUGAUUACAGCAUGUUAUUGCACAUUUUGUCCGUACUCUUCUUAAUCUCACAAUCCCAUUGGUUUACAUCUUUAUUAAGAGACUUUCUCCUUCCUGCUUCACAAUUAUGCUUUAAAUAUUGUGAAUUAAGAAUAUAAAUACAUGUGAAAUGUGGUAUUCAGAUACAGAAUGAAGUGCAUGAUCCCAUAACCAAAUAACUAACUUAUAUAUAUAUAAUAUUUAUGGGCCGUGCUUUGUGAAGAGGAGGUUUGAUGCAUGUGGGUAAAGUGUCAUCCCAGAUUAGCCUGUGCAGUCCACAAUGAUAUUUUCUGAUUAAAGAAAGUCUCUUUUUAGCCAAAAUCCAGUUUAAGCGGAAAGUGUUGUCUCUGAUUACCUUGUGCAGACUGCUUAGGCCAAUCUUGGACGACACUUUACGCACAUGCAUUAAAUCCCUUUGUACAGAGCACUGCACAUAUAUAGCUCAAGUUUAGUGUGCCAGUUGAUAAGCCUAAUGGUAACUAUGGUGAUUACAUAUUGGACACUAUACCUCAGAUAUUGUAUGUAUGAACCACCUACAGAUCUUAAACAAUCACGCAGCCUGCUGACUAUGCAUAAAACAUAUUGUCAAUGUCAUUAAAAUGAAAAAUGAACACUGCAUUGUGCUGUCAGAGUUAAAAAUGAACAUUGCAAAAAAAAACUUGAAACAAUACUUUCUCAAAAGUAUGAAAAUGUUUGCCUGUGCUUUGGCAUGACUUAAAAAAGUAGUUAAGUAUUUUGAUAUGUAUUUAUAAAAGAAAAUUGUAUAUCCUACAUUUUAUGAUGUAAAAGAAGUCAGUUAUAUCAUUCCACUGGUAAUUUAUGUAUUGUUAUGUUCAUUUUACUGGUAAAUACAGUUAUUGUCGUUGGAAUCAUCAUAUGAUGUUAUCCAAUAUUGGAAAUGUCUAUACAUUAAUUGUACAUGUCCGUUGGGUAAAGACAAAAUAUUAUAAACGUGUUUGUCCCUAUGCAAAGUCCGGAAGAUUUUCACAUUUAGCAAUUUGUUGUUUUGUGUUAAUGAUAUAUUGUUGCUGUUCCUCAUAUUUGCACGUAUUAUUACAAUCAUUAAAUAAAGAACUUUGAUGAUA